AUGACGCCUUCGAAGUUCCAAACUCUGAUCGUUGGGGACGAGGAUAUUCAUGCUGCUCGCAAAAGACGAGCAAUCUACCUUCGCCCCUUCAUUCUAUUUUACCUGAACUCUCUCUUCGCCGAGGUGAUAUUCCUGGCAGUCGGUGUGCUGAUCAUGACCGGAACCAAAGACCUGAUCUACAAGAUCCUCUGGACGCUCGUCUUCUGUCCGCUAGGCAUGGGCGGCGCCAUGGGAGGCUUAAUCAACUGCUUCAUCGUGGACUACCAUUACGGCAGUAAAGCAGUCCACUUCACCGCCCUUCUAUCCCUCCUCGUCCUGAGCAGUUGCAACUAUCUAUGCUACAGUCUUGAUCGCCACUUCGGUUGGUUCGGGGCAUCAGAGCAUCCGUGGUGGUUUCAUUGGCGAUAUCCAAUGAUCUAUGCAGUCGGUUAUAUCAACGGCAAGCUGCUUUUCACAGAUGCUGGUCAGGCCAAACUUGCUCGUAUGGGCCUUUGA